UUGUCGACCCGAAGCAAAUAAUUUGUCGACGAAUGAUCUGACGGACAAAUGUUCGGUUCGCUAGAAUAUAAUUAUCGUCCUUGCAUGACUGAGCAAUGAGUUAACUGGCCAGCAAGUUUACUCUAAGCAAAGGCUUAAAAAAAAUGUCCUCGAUAAAGAGACAAAAUGAAAAGGCUAAAACUGCUAUAGUGGCGCUAAAACAGGAAAAUGGAAAUGAUGUCUGUGCGGACUGCAGCAAGCAAGAUCCUAGGUUCACUUGUCUGAAGAAAGGAUUAUUCUUAUGCCAAAACUGUGCUCAAGUCCACACUAGUUUUGGAGGUACAAAUUCAAGGAUCAAAUCUAUUGAUCUGGGAAACUGGAAUGACGAAACUCUACAGUUUAUGGAAGAGCAUGGUAAUGCUAAGGGGAAUGCUGUAUGGGCCAAGAAUGUCCCUCUUUGCUAUCGGCGACCAAAGCCAUCAGAUGCACAUGUGCUCAGGGAGCAGUGGAUAAGAGCAAAAUAUGAACGAACAGAGUUUAUUGAUGGUGCACCAGAGCCAAGUUAUUUAACAGGCUCAUUGAGAGGAUAUUUAAGAAAAAAAGGAAAAGAAGAUAACAGUUGGAACCUAAGACUUUUUGUUCUAUCUGCAGCGGACAACUCACUUGCUUACUACAUUAGAGAUCAGGAUAGGGAACCAAAAAGUAAUUUGAAAAUCACUGAGAUUAACGUCACCUUCGCGGAAGAAAGAACAAACAAGGAAAAUAGUCUUCAGAUAACAUAUGUUACAAAAGGACGAACAAGGAAUUACUUUGUGUACUCUGAAAAUGGCCAGGAGGUUGUUCAAUGGUACAUGGCAAUUAGGAAAGCAAAACUUGAUUUAUUAGGAUACAAUGAAUCUGAUGUUGACCAAGAAAAGUUAGAGAACGAACUCACCAGGGACUUCAUUAUGCAAGGAUUUUUGUUUAAGAGAGGACCAAGGGAUGAACCGUGGAAGAAAAGGUGGUUUUCGCUUGAUGGCAGAAGACUUCUGUACUUCGAAGAACCAAUGGACGCUUUGACCAAAGGCGAGUUGAUUAUCGGCUCCAACACUGAAGGCUUUGCCCUCCAAGAGGGAGUCAAGUCAGGAAAGCAUCAGGACGAGGACUACUGCUUCACUCUUACAACUCCUAAACGGGAUUUUGUUAUGAUGGCGAAUACAGAAAAUGAAAGAAGAAUGUGGAUGGACUGUUUAUCAAAAGUCAUUUCGCAACCCAUGACGGAUGAAGACAAAGAAGAAAUGAAAACCACGCUCAAAGCAAUGAAAGAUUCCAAGAAAAAGAGCUUCAGUAGACUGCGAAGCCUGUCAAUGUCCAAAAAUCAGGAUGAGGAUUCGCCUUAAGCAGGCUGUUAAGUGUAGAAGCAGGUAGUAAAAGCAGUGUAGUGGCAGGUUCCAAGACUACAUUUAUAGGAAAAUUAUCUACUUAUAAGGGUGAUCAGCUGUUUUUUAUAUCAGUGCCAUAGAUUAACCAGGAUGGCGUCUGUGGUUUAGGUUAAUGUUUAAAAAAAAAAACAAAACAAAACAAGAAAAAAAGGAAAAUUGAGAAUUGUCUAACAUUGUCUCCAGGGUCCCUCUUUUUUCCAUUUCCCUGCCCCCUCUGAGGUUGCUAUCAGGCUCCUUUCUAUAGACUAUACAGACAACAUUAAUCAUACACUCACGUCGUCUAAUUUUAGAAAUGAAAAUCACCCUCAAAGCAAUGAGAGAUUCCAAGAAAAGGAACUUCGUUGGACUGCGAAGGCUGUCAUUGUCCAAAAAUCAUGAUGAGGAUUCGCCUUAAACAGGCUGUUGGACUUGAAACUACUUUAAUAAGCAGUGUAGUGGCAGGUUCCAAGACUACAUUUAUAUGAAAAUUAUGUACCUAUUAAUGGAGAUCAGCGGUUUUUUAUAUCAGUGCCAUAGGUUAACCAGGGUGGCAUCUGGCCAAUCACAAUCCAAUAAAAACAAAUCAGCUUAAACCAGACAGAAAUCGCGGCUAAAACGUGUAACCGGCAUUGAGAACGGAAAAAAGCACCAAGAAAAAGCGCCUAGCAAAAAAAAAAACAGUUCGUAAAAAUAAUCAUAUACGUACCGCGAAA